AUGGCGACACUUCUCCGUGACCCGAACAUCGAUAAUUACGACAUCAUUGCUAUUCAGGAACCAUGGAGGAACCCCUACAGUACAACGACGCACCAUCCGGCCAAGGAUCGGUUCCACCUGUGCUACCCCUCCAGCGAGGAAAAUGGCCCGGCCAGGGUCUGCUUCUUCAUCAACAAGAAGCUCGACCACUCUCGUUGGCAGUUUAGGGAGGUUAGCAGAGAUCUCUGCACUCUGGUUAUCGCAACAGACGACGAUACCGAAACAAGCCUGGUGCUACAUAAUGUGUACAACCCGUCACCGCGGGAGGAAGAUCGACAGCCGGUCCUACAGCAGCUACGAACAAGACUGGAAACACACCAGCACGUCGAGCAAAUCGUCGUUGGUGACUUCAACCUACACCAUGAGCUGUGGGGAGGCAGCGAUAUCCGAGCGCCGGACCGCGAAGCAACCGAGCUCUUAGAUCUAAUGGACGACAUGAACCUCACGAGUCAACUGAGAGCGGGAACCAUUACGUACGAAGAAGGAGACCACCGGACAACCAUCGACCUCUGUCUUGUUACUGUAGGUCUUGUUGACCGAAUGAUCAGAUGCGAAGUAGACCACAACAUCGACCACGACUCCGAUCAUCUACCCAUAGUGACGUCGCUGCACCUAGCAGUGACCGAGCUACAGCGAGAGGAGAAACGAAAGUGGAAAGCUAUUGAUAAGGAAACAUUUAUUGAGACUCUCCGUGGAUCGUUGCCGCAGCUACGAAGACCAAGAACGAAGGCAGCGCUCGACGGAUACGUAGGGAAAACCAUAGACGCCCUCUCAGCCGCUAUCAAAACCGCGGUCCCGACCAGCACCCUUUCACCAAAGUCUAGGAGAGGCUGGGACGAGCAGUGCGCAGCCAUCCUGGCCGAGACGAAACGACUCCGCCGCAAUUACAGCGAGCGACAGACAGAAGAGAGCUGGGAGGCGUACAGAGAGGCACGCAACAGGAAAGGCCGCAUCAUCAAGAAAGCUCUUCAACAAGCACAUCGCGAAGCAGUGGAAACAGCGGCCGAGUCACCUAGAUCGCUGUGGAAGAUCGCCAAUUGGGCCCGGAACAGACAGAGCCAGCCGCCGACCGUUACGCCGGAAAUCAGGAACCCCAACACGUCUCAGAUCGCCGCAACGCCCGAAGAGAAAGCUGCACUCUUCAAGGAAGCCUUCUUCCCCCCGCCACCCGAGGCAAAUCUCGAAGACAUCGACAACGCA